AUGAAUGGCACCGGUCCCGGUGUGCACGAUGCUCACAAGAAUGGUGGGGACCCGGAGGCCCCGCUGGCAGGCACGGGGCACGGGCCUACGAGACCCCCAACCCCCUCGUCGCGGCCUAGCCUCCCCGGCUGGCUGUUGAACCCCAACGACCCCGCCAUCCUGGAGCUGACGCUUCCCGCCCUGCUGACACUGGUGGCGGACCCCAUGCUGUCCAUGGCCACCUCCGUGUUUGUGGGCCAGACCGGGCCCACCCCACUGGCCGCGCUGGGCAUCAACACCUCCCUCUUCGCCCUCUGCUUCUCCCUGUUCAACUUCCUGGCCACCGCCACCACCCCGCUGGUGGCCACCGCGCUGCAGGCCGGCAACGGCGAGCAGGCAGGGCGCACGGUGCUGCAGGGCCUGGCGCUGGCCGUCGUGCUGGGCUUGGGCCUGGCCCUGGCCCUCACCGCCGGCUCUGAUGCGGCGCUGGGCGUCAUGGGCGUCGCGCCCGAGGCCGGCGACCUCUUCCUCCAGUCGCGGGACUACCUGACCGUUCGCGCGCUGGCCGCCCCGGCAGUACUCCUGGAAAGCGUGGCGCAGGGGGCGCUGUACGGCAUGCGGGACAUGCGGACGCCGCUGUACGUCACCGCGGGCGCCAACGCACUCAACCUGGGCCUGGGCUGGCUCUUGGUCCUGCACCUGGGCUGGGGAGUGAAAGGCGCCGCGCUGGCCACAGCCGCGGCCGAGGCGGCGUCGGCGGUGGCGUACCUCACGGUCUGGCUGCUGGACAGCUUCCUCACCGAUGCGCUGGCGGUGGCGGGGCAGACCCUGGUGGCCUCGCACCUGGGGGCGGGGGGGAGCGUCGGCCUGCGGAGCGCGCGUGCCGUGUCGGACCGCCUGCUCCAACUCGGCGUGGGCGGCAGCGCCGUCCUCGCCCUGGCCCUGGCCGCGCUGGGCCCGGCUUUCCCCGCCGCCUUCACCUCCGAUCCGGGCGUGCUGAGCGGGGUGCACGCCAUCUGGGGCCUGGCCCUGGCCCUGCUGCCGCUGAAUGGCGCGGUCUACGUCCUGGACGGCGUGCUGGCAGGCGCCUCCGACUUCGAUUUUCUGGCCCAGGCCAUGGUCCUGUCUGCACUGUGCACCGUGGCAGGGCUGGAGCUGAGCGGGCACUUGGAGGCGGGGCUGCUGGGGGUGUGGUGGGCGCUGGCCGCACUCAUGGCCUCCAGGCUGGCCACGCUGAGUUGGCGAUACGCCGCGCCGGCGGGGCCCCUGGGUGCAAAAAGGGGGCCUGGCGCAGAGUCCUGA